AUGCAGUCAGACGAGGACGAACAGGAGGAAAGUACCAGAGCAACACCACAGAACGCAAGGCCAAGCUAUGCCUUCAUCGCUGUGUUCUCCAUCCUGCUCGUAGCCUUCACAAACCCGAGCUUGACAGCCAUCUCCACGCUGCUGCUCAUCGUGCAGGCUGCUGUUCAGCUGCUGUUCUUCAUUGGCAAUGAUGCAUGGGCCAGUGACCUGAGAACCAAGGAAAUCCUGGAGCUUGUUGGCUGCCCCAAGGCGCUCAGUGGGCUUGAUCUCUUCCUGGAUCUGUUUCCGCCGCUGUUCGCGCUUGUGGCAGCUUCAGCAGAGGUGAAUGCAGCCAGGGGUGCUGUGACGGGGCAGCAGAUGGGGUUGACAAUGCCUAGACUGCGGCAGAGCAUGGCCAGCCUGGCAAACUUGGAUAGCACAGGCAGCCAGGUGUACUAUGCGCUCAUGUGGGCAGCAGGGGCGCACAUUUCAGUGCUGUACCUGUGGCAGAUCACCAUACUGCGCGCUAGUGUCCUGCAGAGCCCUGCAAUGUGGCUGGGUCUCUUUGUCAUAUCCGACAGCAGCCCCUUGUAUGACCUCAUCCCACAGGUGGUCCAACUUGCAGCACUGCACAUUCUUUUUGCUGCUCUGGGUUUCUACUACAACAACAUGAAGCAGCGAGUCGGAGAUGACAGCAUUGACCUGCGGCAAGAUGGUGGAGCAUAUAUUUCUGUCAGCAAUGGAAGCCCUGCCCAAACCCCUGGGGCAGGGGAAUCAAGCGGGCCCUCUGGACCCUUCAACGUGAGGAGGGGUGCACUACCAGGGAUUCGGCCAACCACAAGCCUGGAGGAGUUCUUUGGGGACACAGACUUGUUGGAGCUCACAAGCCAGAUAGAGCUGGCAAAGCAGCUCAGGGAGGGAAGGGGCGCGCACAACCCCUCCAAUGGAGCUCGUUACUCAGAGGAAGGCUUCACUGAGGAGCCCGGCCAUGCAGGGCAUGGUGGCAGGCCCGGCAUAGGGACUCUGAUUGACAUCCUGCUGCCUUUGGCAGCGGGGGCCACAGUGCAUGCAAUUGAAAAGAUGACCUCGUUUCCCAGCAUCCCAGCUGUUGCCCUCUGCCUCUUCAGCUUGGUGGAGCCCUCCUGCCUGAGUACUGAUGCUUGGGGGAGGCACGCCUUCAUGGCAGCUUCCAGGCCUCUCGCAGCGCUCUUUGUGCUGUGGCAUCUGUCUGUAUACGUCGCGACAUCGAUCGGGUCUUUAGCGGCUCUGCCAGAUUUGGUGCGCAGCAUUGGCGCGUAUGUCCUUGCCAGCCCGCCUCCAUUGUUCCUGCCACUAGGCGCCCAGCUCAUGACAGCCAUCACACUGCUGGGCCUGGCUCGCUCCAGCGCCAUCCAUGCGCAACAUAAGAGGCGGAACUUCAACAGGGAAGCAGAGCUGGGAAUAGGCACAUCCCAGGAGCCGCUGCUGGGCCAGACAAGGUCAGCCCCUCAGCGCAUGCAGUCCCUGCAGGGAAACAGCGCCGCAGCAGCCGGCUCAUUUGGCGCGGUGCUGCCCCGGAGGCUCGGCCGCCGGUCAUCGUUCAGGGAAGAAGUCUCCGGGCGAUCCCCCAGAGAUAAUAGCCUGAACAAUGACACUGUGCUGGAUAUUCGGGAGGCCGGCCCAUCCUCGGUGGCAGACUCACAGGAGACAUUUGACUAUGAGAUGGAUGCUGGGAGCGCGUGGGCGGUGCUGGGGCUUUCCACAGUGCACGCAUCGUUCUACCUCGGCUUGCUGCUGCUUCCUGUUGGCCUCUUUGUGGUGGGAGUGUCAGAGUACAACCUGCUGCAUGCCGGAUAUUUGGUUCAGCUCAUGGCGUACCUCCUCACCACCACCGCGCGGCUUGAGCCCUCCAUUGAUUCUGCCAUCAUCGUCGCUGCCCAGCACAACAUUUUGCGCGCCUAUGCGUCACUGCACCUGGCGCUGAUGUCAGUUGCGAUAGUCAGCAGCCUGCCAGCAAUGGGCAACCACCUGCACAAGCUCGUGCCGCAGGACUGGCUGCAGAGCCUGGGCCUGUGGAGCCCCUCCGUCGGCCACAGCAUUGUCCCUGUGCUCUGCCUCCUGUUGCUGGCGACUGUUCACAGGAGCCUGGGGAAUUGGCUGCAUCUGCAAAGCGCUAUGGGGGUUCAGCUGAGCUUGCGGCGCGGCAGUGACCACGCAGUACAGGGCGCCAUGGGCUUCCCAUCGGCGCUGCUGUGGAGCAGCCGAGGCUUCAUCUCCUUUGGCUCUCUCAUCAUUGCUCUGCAGGGCUAUGUGUUCUUGCUGCUCAGAAGCAACCCCAGCCUCCUGGGACUGGGUUAUCUGGGGCUCUGCAUAGCCAUUUUCCUGAACCCGCCGCUGAGAGGAGAGUUUGAGGAGAGGGAUGAGAUGGGCAGAGUGGUGGAGGGACCAGGGUCCACAGUCACAAAGAUCUACAGGGGCUGCUGGUCCGCUGCAGGGCACCAUCAUUUCAUCACCAUGAAGGGCGGCAGGCCAUCACGCUGGCUGCCCCUGUCCCUGCUGGCCUUCUUCGCCGCCGUUGAAUUCGCCACUCAGUACCUCUUCAUCGCCACAAACUUUGCCGAGAUCACCGGGAUCCCAGAUGCUGCCCUGCACUUCAUUGAGGACGUUGUGGGAAUCAACACAGAGCACAAGGGGCUCUCAGUGAGGCUGCUCCGCUCUGCCUCCCUGCUGGGAAUGAUGCACCUCUACAGGUUUGGCUUUGUCGUGGGCGUCCUUCAGGCCCAGCAUGAGAGGGGCAGCUUGAGCCCAGCAGAGCAGGAGCAGAGGAAUCUGCAAGCGCAGCGCGGCAUCUUUGCUUUGGUCGCCCGCUUCUUCAUCCUGCACUCCUCCAAGAUUGUGGCCCUCAUGCUGUUCUGGGCAGCCAUGCAGCGGCCUGGUGGCUUUGGCUGGGUCCUCACAGUGGGCCUGGUAUUGCUGUCGCCUGUUCUUGGCGGCCCCAAGGCGACAGAGGGCAGCAGGUGGCUGCUGAUGCACCUGUCCACGCUGGCAGCCAUCCUGGUGACUGCCACCUGGAUGCUGACUCAGUACGCCAUGCAGGUGGGGUGGAUCUGUGACAGAGCGGGUCCGCCAGAUGGGCUGCCAGCGAGGGUGGUGGGGUAUCUGGGGCUGCUCUCAUGCAGCAGCGGUGAAAGUCUUGAAGCCCUGCUGCGCGUAAAGUGCCUGGUGCUCAUUGCCAUCACCCUCAAACGCCGGUCUCUCAGGUGGCACAAGCACCUUCCUGAAGCUGUCAAGAGGGCAGGCGCGCCAAGCUCGCAGUGCUGCCUGUUCUGGACGCCUUCGGACGCUGAGCUGGCAGAGGACAGCGCCUCCCACAGCCUCUGGACCCGCGUCCGCAACUCUGCCCUGGGCCGCUCUGUGCGCCUCGCUGUCAAGGAUUUGGUGAAGCAGAUGCAGGACGGCAGCCAGCGCAUUCUGCAAGCCAUGGACUGGCCGGCAACAGCAGCCGGCAGCGGCCGCCGCAGCCCCGUUGACCGAGAGGGCUCCUUUUCACCAGCCCAACCUAGACAAUCGAAGCAGAGUCCUGAGGUGAGGGAGAGUUCUGAAGAGGCCAGCAGGUCGCUGCUAUGGCGCAUACUGGAUGUCAACCGCUGGAUGCGUCAGCUGCACAAGGUCCGACUGGCACUGCAGGACUGGGCAGAGCGCUUCUGGCAGGAUUGGGGUAUGGAUGUGACGAUGGGAGCGUUGCUUCUGGCAGCGUUUUUCUCCAUCAACAUCCUUUCCCUGGUCUAUCUGGCCAUGAUAGCCAUUGGAAUGGCUGUGCCUUCACAGCCUCGGCGCCUCAUCUGGCGCUUCUGUGCUCUGCCGCUGCUGGCAAUCCUGCUCAUCGCGCAGUACUCUGACUGGCUAGGAUAUGGGCAUGUUGACCCUGCUGCGCUAUGGGCCCUCUUCUUGUCAUUCGCCACCAGCGUCGUCCAGGAGGGACUCCUGACAGCGCCUUCGUCAUCAAUGGCUUCAGGCAGUCAGCUGGGACAGAGGUCGGGUGGCGCCAGCUGGCAGCACAGCAAUGUAUGGGCACCCAUGGAGUACGAGGCCAUGGCAACCUGGAGCUGGAUAGACUGGAUGAGGUUCAUGUUCUACAGGCAUUACACAGAUGUGGUGCUAGUGGCGGUGGUGGCUCUGUGCACGCUGGAGAAUGAUGUGAUCCACGCUGCCUACCUGGCCAUCGCACUGCUGCUCUUCAGGAGGCGCGACGUUCUGAGGACUGAGCGGCAGGCGCUGUUCCGAUGGCUGCCCCUGUACAACUUUGCAGUCAUGCUGCUGACUCUCCUGUACCAGAGCCCCUUCGAGGACAUAUGGGGCCACUCGCUGGGGCCCAGCCUGGGGUGCAAUGUGGCGCAUGUUCUGGGGCUGUACAAGAUGUCUGGAGCGAGAGGGGCUGCCUUCUCUCUGACGUAUCGCGGCGCACUGGCGGACAUGAUGCUGUGGGCCAUCUUCAGGCUACAGACACGCGUCUUCUCUUCCAACACCUAUGACAGGGUGAUGCGCAUAGUGGCAAGGGAGCAGGCGGAGGAGCUGCGCAGCCGGGAGGCCAGGCGCCUGCAGCAGCAGAGCGAACAGGCAGCCGCCGCGCUGGAGCACUCGGGGCUCAGGAAGCUGCGCGCCAUGCGCCUGGCACAGCUCAAGGCAAGCUUUACUGCCUCUCCAUCAAGUUUUGACCAUGAGCACAGCGGCUGGGUGGAUGCCAUGAAGGGUCUGCUUGGGGACACGGCCCAGGGUAAGGGCAAGGCAUCUCAGCAGAAAGAUGACACUGACCGCCCAAGGAAUCUGCUGAGGGAGAACGCAGAGCAGUACAGCGGUAGGCCCCAAUCGGGUGCUCCACGGAAAUCCUUUGACUGGCUGGCGCUGCUGCGCAUGCGCUGGCGGCGGGACGACAAGGAGAGCAUCGUCUGCUACUUCCUGUUCAUGGCGCUGUAUGUGUCGGACUUCAGCGGCCUCGCCCUCGUCUUCCCGGUCAUAAUGCUGGUGUUCACGGAGAGCAUCCUGAUAGCGCAGUACGUGUAUCAGAUCCCCAGCCGCCUGCACUGCUCCGCCGUCACUGCGCGCGUGCGCGCGCUGGCCGAGGAGGCCGGCCUGCACGGCAACGCGUUACGCGGCGUUCCCAUCUUCUGCGUCUACCUCGCCACCCUCAUGCACACCUACAGCCUCGCGCGUCAGAAGGUGCCUGCAAGGGAGCUGCUGCAGAGGCGGCGCUCCUCGAUCACAUCACCCAGGGGUCCGGUCGAUGUCCAGUCAGCGCAGCCGGGAGAGGAGAGUGCUGACGUGGAGGCGGGCCGGCAGGGCAGAGGCGCAGGCUUGCACACACGCAGGAGCGCUCUUGGGGCACAUCCUGCAGGGUGGACCCAGGGGGAGCCCCAGCUCAGUGAUGCCACUGGAUUGGUGAUACGGAAGUGGCUGCUACGGCUGUGGCGAGCGGCGGUGGGAGCGGUUCUGCACGUGUGGGAGUUCCUGCGCCGGAUCUGCUCAAGCGCUGAGCGGCCCCUGCACUUCCUCAAGGUCCAGAUCAGCGUGCAGCCUGGCCAGAAGGAGUACUUUGAGGCGGCAGCUGGGCAGGAGGCGUUGGUGGGAACCGUGCAGGACAUUCUGGACAUGUACAGGGAUCAUGACAUCGCCGCAGAGUUCCGGCAGAGGGAGAUGCGGCGUCGGGAGGUCUCGCCUGAGCAGACCGCGCCCCCUGCCAGCGCGCACCUCGAGACUGACGCCGGCUGGUUUGACGCUCCAAGGAGUGGAUCGGCGCAGCUUGUUGAGGAUGAGCCUGGACCUUCUGCAGGGCCAAAGCAGCCAGCAUGGCUGCACAGCGAGAACAUCAACCUGGCAACCAUUGGCCCACUGAAGGUGGUGAUGAAUGAGAUGCUGGAUGAGUCAUUGCCCGAGCGCGUAUCCGCUCUCCUGGAGGUCAUUCCGCUGCGCAGCACGCCUGCUAAUACCUGGGGCCUCUCCUCUGUGGAGGGCUCUCCCAUCCGGUCGCUGAAGCCAGCAAAGCAUGCCGGGCUGACGCUGCUCCGCCAUAAGGCGGCAGCGCAGAGGCAGGCCCUCUGUCAACCCUCCACAGAUUGGCCGAGCGGGGCACCGUCAGCCUCCCAGCAGAGCUGCGGUGCUCAGCCAAGGCAAUUCCCGCCUCCCCUGGAAGUCACAGAGGGAGCCGAUAGUGACAGCGAGUCUGGGGUGGAAGAGCGGACCACAGGCACUGCUUCCCGGCUCGCCAGCUUUCCACUGCCGGACAGCCCGGAUAUUGACGGCCCCGGCGCCGGCCGAUACAGCGAGGACUCCGUAGCUGCGAGCGCAAAUUGGGCAGGGCAGAAAUCAGGCUCCAGGGAGUGGCCUCGCAGCGGCUUCGACGAAGGAGCUGCCACCGAGAAUGGAGGCAGCGGGGGGUCGGGGCAGAGUGGAGGGCAGCGGGGGGCCUUUGGUGGGGCUGCGAGGGGACUGACAGGGGGGUUCACUCCAGGAACGCUGGCGAUUGAGGAUGUGGAGUGGCAUGGGCGGAUUGAGCAGGAUUGGUAUGCCGCUACGGCGCUGGUGGACCUUCUCUCCUUCAUCUAUGUUGCUGUCUUCUACCAGGCUGUGGUGACGAGUGCGCGGACGCUGGCGGACAUAACGGAUGAGCGGGUGGUGCCGGUGGACUACCUGGGCGUGCUCAUGCUGCUCUUCCUGCUACUUGUGCUGGACCGCCUCUUCUACACCCUCGGCCUGCACCUCGGCAAGGCGUUGCUGCUGUGGACUCAAAUGGUGCUGUUCUACUGGUACACCAUGGUGCUCUUCUGGAGCCCAGCCACCAGCACAGGCGCUAAGCUGCACCUGCGCGUCCUCAUGGCCAUCAAGUCCCUCUCCUUCACCUUCUCCGCGCUCCAGCUGCGCAACGGCUACCCGCCCCCCGCCUCCUACAGGGGCGGCCGGGGCCGGCACGCGUUCGUAUUCGCGCGGCAUGUGAACAAUUUCGGCACGAUGGCAUUCCACGUAUUCCAGGUGAUCCCUUUUCUGUAUGAGCUGCGCGAGCUGCUGGACUGGUCCUGCACAGCCACCUCGCUGACGCUGUUCGACUGGCUCAAGCUGGAGGACAUUUCCAUCUCGCUGUUCUUCGUGACGGUCUCCCGCCAGAACCGGCAGCGCCACCGCCUCGGCGAGCGUCAGCCACGCUACAUCAAGUUCUUCCAGGGUACGCUGCUGUUCCUGGGCCUGCUGCUGCUGCUGUGGGUGCCCCUGCUGGUCUUCUCCUCCGGCAACCCCACCUACCAGGUGCCCGAGGUUCUGUCGUUCUCAUUCAAUGCGACGCUCGGGACGGCCGUCGGCGCGGCGGCUGCGGCGGGGCAGCAGGGGCCGAGGGAGAGCGUGAGCUUCCCGCUCUUCAGUGCCGGCGAGCGGCGCAGCCAGGCGCCCUGGGCCGGCAGCGGCAGCCUCCCUCCCAGCAUGCAGGAGGCCUACACUCCCAGCCAGGUCCAGCUGCUCUGCGCUGCCGAGGACUCGGACCGCUUCUGGCGGGUGACGCCGCCGGCGCGUCAGUCGCUGGAGCGCAUGCUGGGGGAGUCAGAUGCUGAGCUAGCGCUGAGCUGGGCGAUCGUUCGCAACGCGCCCCUUGAGAGCAAGCACGGGGGGCCCCUGUGCCAGGGCACGCGCCAGAUCGCGCUGGCCGGCGGCUCCAGGGACGCCAUCCUAGACGUGCUCCAGGGGAGGGGGACGUGCGCGGCGCUGGAGUCGACGGCGUUCCCAAACGGCACGGAGGUGACUAACGCGACUCAGCCGGGGGCGCGGGGCUCGCGGGGACUGUACGGCCUGUUCUGGCAGCUGCGCGGCGGCGAGUGCAGCGUGCGCACCGACUUUGGGCUGCAGGACACAUCUCCCGGCAGCGCGCUCGGCCAGAGCCUCGCCUGCGACCUCGGCAUCCAGGGCGGCAACAUCACCAAGGGGGAGGAGGUGUGGUGGCGGCUGAACUGCACGGUCAUCGACGCGCAUGAGCGGCCUGUGAACAGCACUGGCAUGGGGUUGUCCUCCUGCGCUGACAGCAUGGCGGACGGGCCUCGGGUGGUCGCGGUGUUGGAGCGGGUGCAGGGGGGGAUAAUAGGGCAGACACUGUCCAGCUUUGGCAUCACGGGCCUCUACAUCACGUUUGUGUUUGGCAUUGGGCGCUUCCUCCGCUUCUCCACGCAGAACGCUCGCAUGCGCAUCCAGUACGAAGACCUGCCCACCACCCAGCGCCUGGUCGCCCUCUGCCAGGACAUCUACAUUGCGCGGGCUGAGGGGGAGCUUGAGUUGGAGGAGGAGCUGUAUUGGGCCCUUGUCAACAUCUACCGCUCUCCAGCCGUCAUGUUUGAGCUCACAAAAAGGAAGGUGGCUUGAGAGGGAUUCUGCCUGUCGUGUUCAUGCAAUUGUCUGUGAUGCAGUUCAGUCGAUGUUUAUUCAGUGUGGCAGCUGCCCUCGUCAUGAACUUGGUCGUUAUCUCACAAUAGCAGCCGCCGCAGUAUUGACUGAACCAAAUAAGGAGGGAUUUUCAAUUUCCGGGUUGCAAUCAAAAUGUAUUGUUAUUACACGCUUAUUCC